AUGGAUGGAAGUAUCCCAAACUGGGUCCAGGUCGGAUCCAAGUGCCGUUGGUGGUCCGAGUCACAACAGACGCAUCAUGAGGUCGUGAUCACAUCGGUUGAUGUGGUGAGAAGGCGAGUUGUUGCGCAUUUCUCAGCCGAUCAUUCCGUGUGGAAAAACGUUCCCUUUUCUCUCAUUCACGCCAAUGGCCCGCUGUUGCCGAACGACCCAGAUGAAUCGUUCGGAGAGCCGAAGCGGAAGAGUCAGUCAGCUCAAAUGAGCCAGGAAAGAGCCGAAGGCACGGCUACGCCGCCGUGGUACGAGAAGCUGAAUGAUGCCGAAAACCGUCAGGAGGUCAAGCAAGAAAUCCGGCGCAAAGAAGAAAGCCACGGCGCCAUUCAGGAAAGACGAAGGUAUCUCUGGCAGCAAGAGAAACAGCGAAAAGUCGAAGAGGAAAGGAGGCAACGAGAGGAGGGACGCCAGGCCCGUGAAGCCGAUGCGGAGCGUGCCAGGCUUCGUAUUGUGCAGAAGCUUCAGAGGGAAAGAGAGGAAGAGAAUCUGCGAAAGUUUGAAGUGCUCCUUAUGGGAAAGGAAGACGAGAUCUCAAAAAGAGCGAAUUCAAUGUGGCGUCAACGCGAAGAAGUUGCCAGGAGGCAGAAGGAGGAGGAAGAGCGGGAGCGUUUCGAGGAGGAGCAAAGGCGCGCGGAUCAGAAGUUGCAGGAGGAGCGUGCGGCCAGGCCUCGUAUCGCUUUUGGCGUUGCCAGACACGAGCCCAAGGCUUGGACAGCCCCACCACCAUCCAAGGCAAGCGCUGCCCCUCCAAUCGUCAAGCUCGAGAGGAAAAGGCAUUCCUGGGACUCCUGGGAAGAUUCAAGCCUUCCGGCCGAACCGGCUGCACACGUUGCGCGAGAGAGUGCCAAUGCGCCAUCCUCCCACUUGGCACAGCGCGUGCCUACCCCUACAACGAAACAGACUGCAAAGUUGCACUUGGCUCCCACUCUGCCGGCCAACUUGCACCCCAACUUGUCUGCAGAACAGUGGUACGGGCUGCAGAUUCGGGCCGUAUACCAGCAGCACAACCCUGAAAAACUGGCAGAUGUUCCGCACCUAAUGGAAAAGUACUCUGGCAGUGAAGAGGAGAUGUAUGCCAAGAUUUGUGAGAAGUACGGGGUCACCCCGUUGGCUCGGCCAUCGGGGCUCAAGUCAGAAAGCACGCCUACGACGCCUGCGACUAGCCAACCCAAGGUGGUUGGCUACGCAAAGAAAGCAAGUGCUCCACCUCCGCCGGAGACAGAGCAGGACCCUCACAGCAUGCUGGACAACGCCCCUUCGGCCUCCUCGCUUUUGGCCAGGUUUCAGAGUCUGGUGGGUGAUGCGACGGACCCGGCAGACGAGGAGGAAUUUGAAGACAGAAGCAAGCGAAGGCGGUCACCGUCUGCAGAGUCUUCUGGAGGCUCGCACAAGUCGAACUCUCGAACCAACUGA